UGAUGCAUGCCUCGCGCCAAGGGCGCAACGAUUCCCACGGAAUUUCGCGUCCGAGAGAGUACUCGCGAACGAUCGCUCGUCGCGACGCCCGACGUUUUCGGGUAGCGGCCCCCAUCGUUAUAUAGCUGGGACCCAGCGUCAUGUCCGAGGACUAUCAGCACGCCUGCGAGAGGGCAGAAUUAUUGGGCUUGCCGAAGCCUAGCGAGGAGGAGUGGAGGCAGUCGCAAGCGGCGAACGAGAAUCGUCGUUGCGACGAUGACGAUGGUGCAUUACAGGACUUGGAUUACGUGGACGAGGCGGCUGGACGCAUCGGCGGCGGUCUGGACGAGCUAAACAGCAUUCUGAGCACCACGCAGAAGAAGCUCAACAGAUUCAAGACAGUUUGCGGCAGUCUGGGAACGUUGCUCAAGGUGAAGGUAAACUCUCGCGGUGGAACGCCGCGUCACAAGCCCGAGGAGCCGAAUCCUGACGCGGGAAAGCAGGAAAAUCAGCAAGAGAAACCAGAAUCCAUGGUCGACGAGGUGAUGACGGUGGAGACGUCAAAUGUGACCAUCACGGACAUCGCGGACCAGCCCGCGAACAGCGGCGCCCAGCAGCUUGAUCUCAGCCUGAAAAUGAGAUCUCAUCUGGAUAAGCUGGAUUCCUUGGUCACGAAGGCCGAGAACGCUCAAUAUAGUAUGCAGCAUCAAACGAAACAAAUGAAACAGAUACUAAAGAAGUAAUUGCAAUAAAAUAAAAAUGAAUUAACCGGCUGAACGAUAAAUUCGCUCGAGGUUGAUCAUCAAUUAAAUUAAUCGUACCUUCCAUUUCGAAUGAAAAUUCACGUAAGAGGAUAUUUUACAGACAUGUCACGCGCGUAAAUUGAUCCCGAGGUAUUUCUUGUGUCUUUGACCGAUAAAUUCUACAUUCCUGUAGAUGUGUAGUUAUGUAAGAAAAUAUGAUAAGCAAUUUCACAAACAGCC